AUGCCACCACCUCACGAGCAUGUGCAGCGUCCCUCUGCAAUCCUACCUGGAAACCUCGCACCCAGUCAGCCAGCCCCGCUGCUUGCAUCCCCUCCUCAGCUAGAGGUCAAUCCUCACCCCAGAGGCCAUGAACCCCUUGCAACAUCCUCUACCUCCAUCCUCGCUGCUUUAACUUCGUCCCAUACCAUCGCACCUGCUCCAACGAUACCUCUGCUGUCGGAUUUAGUUGAUCCCUCCUAUGUACCAAAAUCAUCAAGGUGGCUGUCUCAGCUUAAAGAGCAGUCGGCAUCCGUCGUGCAGGAUAUGGCUUCGAGUGCAAUUGGCUUGUCUCCGCCUCACUCCAUCUCUGCGCAGACCAAGGGUCCGUCGCCGACUACGGUCUACCGAGAGCUCCACCUUGCAUCCCGCCUGCCUUCCCUUUCGUUGUCGAAACAAGUCGCGGGAAUGGCACUUCUAAAUUGUCCUGCGAAAUGCCGUCGUGAGCCAUCGGAUGAGGAUACAGAAGAUGUGCACCAGACAAUGGAUUGGGAACAAAGUUGCAGGCUUGCGUUGGAUGUCACGAGUGCACUUACUGCUGGGUGGAAGGCGUGUGACAGCGCACUUGGCAUUAAGCCAGAAAAUGCGGGAUUUGGCCGGUCCGCGUAA